UGGGCGGGGCCUGACCGCCAUCGGGUCACAUGAUGCGGCGCACGGCCUGCCAAUAUGGCGGUGUGCAUCGCUGUGAUCGCCAAGGAGAAUUACCCUCUGUACAUCCGGAGCACUCCCACAGAGAAUGAGCUCAAGUUCCACUACAUGGUGCACACAUCCCUGGAUGUGGUAGAUGAGAAGAUCUCUGCCAUGGGAAAAGCACUGGUGGACCAGAGGGAGCUGUACCUGGGCCUGCUCUACCCAACUGAGGACUACAAGGUAUAUGGCUAUGUGACCAAUUCCAAGGUGAAAUUUGUCAUGGUGGUGGAUUCCUCCAAUACAGCCCUUCGAGACAAUGAGAUCCGAAGUAUGUUCCGGAAGCUUCAUAACUCCUACACAGAUGUGAUGUGCAACCCUUUCUACAAUCCGGGAGACCGCAUCCAGUCAAGGGCCUUUGAUAACAUGGUAACUUCGAUGAUGAUCCAGGUCUGCUGAGCCGGACCUCUCCCCCAGUCACCUGGAAGAGAAGCCUGUAUUAAUCCCCGUUUGAUGAUUAUUUAUUCCCUUUCUUCUCCCUAAAUGUAAAACCGUGGGCAGGGCUGUGUGUGUGCCUUGUGCCUUUCUACUAAAGGGCUCACAUGAUGAGAUCUGCUUUGUCCUGUGUCAGCAGAGAGGGCUCAGCUGCUAGUUGGUCUCAGAGACUGUGGAACCAUGUAGGAGCUGUGACCAUAGCCUGGUGGUGUGAGGAAGAAUACUUGAGUACAGGAGGCUAAGGGUCUCUAUUAUUUGAGUAGGUGGGUGGUCCAGAAGGGUGCAGGGUAUAGGGAGCCCAGAGCCAGCUCCAGAGGGUGAAGGCAACCCAAGGUGAAGGGCCACAUAUGUUUCUUCUUGGGUAAGGGCCCUCAGUGUUCUGGACCCACCAUCCAUUUGGCCCAGCACUUGCACCUAACCCCAGCCUCAGGUGGUGUUCAAAUCUGUAACACUUCAUGAAACGUAGCAUUAAAGCAGCUGUUGUUUCCCAUGUGCAAAAUGAGAAACUCCAGGAGCCUUUCCCACUGUCAGUGAGCAUGGAGGUCAACAGGGUCCUCAAUGCCCCACAUCCCCAAGGACAAACCAGGCUCUCCCCAGAUAAAAGUCCCUGGCUGGGUGGAGGUGGUAACUGACGCUGGCUCCUUUGCGUCACUGGACAGUGUGGCUAAAGUGUGGUGUCCUGGGAGAUGACAGAGGCCUAGAGGACCCGCCCCAGGUCUGAGUCCCCUUCAGAAGUUGCUGCUUCAUACUGUCUUCAGAGUCUCUGACUUCUCCAAGUCAUCAGCCAAGGACCUCCCCCUUCCCUGUAGAGUUUCUUCUGCCUGUGCCCAGCAGGCUGUGACUUGUUCAAGUGGGUAGAAGAAGAGACAGCCCAGUGAGCACAGGGUCAUUGAAAAAUGCAGUAAGAAAAGAAACCAGAUUUUACAACCCAUCAAUGUAAGUGGCAGAUGAAGUUGGAUUGAGACAUUCAUCAAGCAGCUGACUGAACCCAGAUGUGCUUGGGUUAAAGGUUUUAGUUGGAGGUUGGGUUUGGCAAGAGAAGGAAGGCAUACCAGUGAGGUGGAAUCUUGAGAUCUUGAGUAUUUAAGGGAGGUCACCAUUAGCACUGGGGCCUGCUUCUUGUUCCUCAGUACUCCUCCCUUCCCUCCUUACAGGCAGCCUUACUGGAGAAACUGGGCUAAAUGCUAUUUGUUUCCCUCCCCUUCGUAUCAGGGCAGGUGGGUAAGGCAUGUAAAGGGUGGUAUUGGGAGAGACCUGUAGGUCAAACCCUUUAAAAGUUGGCUCAGCUGAUGUUCAGAUUACUCAAGAUUUUCUGCUUUCUUCCUGCCUGGAACUUGAGUGUAAUUGUGGGAGUUUAGGCAUCCCUCUUGAGAGCAUGAAGACCAGAUGAGGACAUGCAGAUAUGAAGAACAGAAUCUGCGCUGAUGGGCUGGCCCUGGACUGUUCACGUCAGCUUUUCAUAUGUGAGAAUAAAAUAUACCUCUCUCUGUUUAA